CAGGAGGAAGACCAGAACAAGAUGGCGUCUGGCGGAGAAUACGUUGUUUUGGUUAUUAUGGUUUCUAGGUCUUAAUUACAACGUACAUGUGCACAUGUGUGUCGUUUAACGCAGUAAACGUCCUUAUUAAUUGUUUGUAUGCGGAUACAUUAGUCUGAGUGCACUUUGACGUGCUAGCCUAGCCUGCUGGUUAGCUUAGCUUGUUAGCUGCUAACAAAGAGAGGCGGAAGUGAUCGACACAUCAAAGCAGAGAUCCAAUGUAAGUGUAAAGUGUUUUUAUUGUGUGAACAUGUCUACAUUACAAAUGAUGUGAGUGUUGGUGACUCAGCGACUAACUGCUGCCGUUGAAGAAAUAUUUGUGAUGUAAAAAAAAAAAAAAAAACGACAACAGAAUAAGAGGAGGAACUUUGUUCAACAAAAGAGGAGAAGGAGCGACAACAUCAACUACUGGACACAGUUUUCUAGAAACAUCAAAUUGUGUUACACAUCCAUCCAUCUAUCUUCUUCUGCUUAUCUGAGGUCGGGUCGCGGGGCCAGCAGCCUAAGUAGGGAAGCCCAGCCUUUCCUUUCCCCAGCCACUUCAUACAGCUCUUUCUAGGGGAUCCCGAGGCGUUCCAAGGCCAGCCAGUUUCUAACAUAAUAGUGAGAGUCCAGUCCAUAGUGGGGCCAGCCAGAGACCAUCCCGAGCGCAGACAGACGUCUGUGAAGAACAUCUUCACCCUCAGCAACAGAAGUGGAGCUUCAGGAUGCAGACGGAGGAGCCACAGCCCUCCCACAUUGAGAAGGAAGAGGAAUACCUUCAGAUCUCCCAUUUUAAAAAGGAAGAGGAAAACCCACUAAUCCCCCAGUUUAAAGAGGAAGCGGUGGAUCCACAGAGUCCACACAUUAAGGAGGAAGAGGAGGACCCACUGACCCCUCACAAUAAAGAGGAAGAGGAAGAACACAGCAUCAAUCAGCAGGGAGAGCAUCUUGAAGGACUGGAGGAGGUUGAUGUCACCAAGAUGCCAGUGACUGGUGUCCCUGUGAAGAGUGAAGAUGAUGAGGUGAAAGGUGAAAGUGAGGAGAGGGGAGGGGGGGAGCCUCCAAGCAGCAGCUCAACACAACACAUGACAACAGAAGCUGAUGGAGACCACUGUGGAGGAUCACAAGCAGACAAGCUCUUAGCUCCACUAUCAGAUAGUGAGGACACAACGUCACACUCUCCUGACACUGAUGAUGAAGACUCUAAAGAUGAUAAGACAUGUCACACUGACAACACUCACUUCACAUCUUCUCACUGUCACAAAACUUUUAAAUAUCCUAGUAAAUUGAAAAGACACAUGAGAACACACACUGGAGAAAAACCUUUUUCAUGUUCAAUCUGCGGUAAAGAUUUUACUCAGAGGCCAGAUUUGAAAGUACACAUGAGAACACACACUGGUGAAAAACCUUUUUCCUGUUCAACCUGUGGUAAAGGUUUUGCACACAGUAACAAAUUGAAAAGACACAUGAAAAUACACACUGGUGAAAAACCUUUUUCCUGUUCAACCUGUGGUAAAGGUUUUACAGUAGGUCAUAGUUUGAAAGAACACAUGAGAACACACACUGGUGAAAAACCUUUUUCUUGCUCAGAAUGUGGUAAAGGUUUUGUACAAAGUCCCCUUUUAAAAGUACACAUGAGAACACACACUGGUGAAAAACCUUUUGUCUGUUCAAUCUGUGGUAAAGGUUUUACAGAAAGUCGAUGGUUGAAAGUGCACAUGAGAACACACACUGGUGAAAAACCGUUUUCCUGUUCAAUCUGUGGUAAAGGUUUUACAGAAAACUGGUGUUUGAAUGUACACACUAGAACACACACUGGAGAGAAAUCCCAUUCCUGUUCAAUCUGUAACAGAAGCUUUUGUGAAGGAUCAAACCUUUUAGUACACAUGAGAAGACACCCAGGAGAGAAAGUGUUGAGUUGCAGUGUGUGUGGUGAAAGAUUGUCUUCUAAGUACCAGUGUAAGAAACACAAGUGUGCUGGUGAGAACAGCAGCAGCAAAUGAAACUGCAGGAUUUGAAAUAAACUGUCCAGACUUUCAUUUUGACUUUCUAACAACAUCAGCACAUAUAACAUGUAUGACAUUGUUGUUUGUGUAACAAUCUUUUUAAUAUGCUUCCACAUUUAUAGAUUAGAUAUUUUAUAUUAAUGAUUUUAUCAGUCAAGCACAUUCAUUAAUAUGCAACAUUGUGUACUUUUAUUAAAAAAUGGACAGAACAAUUUGAGUAGAUUAGAUAGUAAACAGUACAAUACAUAUUUUACAUGCAAUAAACAUUUUGUGUGUAUGUAUACACACACACACACACACACACACACACACACACACAUAUAUAUAUAUAUAUAUAUAUAUAUAUAUAUAUAUUUAUAUAUAUAUCAUUAUAUAUAUCCUGUAUAUUCAUCAUACAAUUUUAUAUGAAAUAUUGUAUUUGUAAUUGUUAAUAAUCCCAUAGAUUAUCACCUUUAUAUGAUAUACAUAUGUACUGGUUCACAUCUGAAACAUCUUCUGGACCACUUCAGGAAGAGUAUUAUUAUUUACUUUAUACAUCAUUUGAACAGUUGUCUUUUAUACAAUUUUAAAAUGUGUCUUUUUAAACCAUUUGUUGGGUCUCUAUAAUCAUUUUUAUUCAUUAUCGCCAUUACUCUGUAAUAUGAUGAUUGUGUUGUGAUUGUUUUAUAUGUAUGUCCCCAGACCUUUAUGCAGUAUAAAAGUGAGAGAAAAUGGCAGAUUUUUUUUUUUUUGUGAAAUGAUGGUUUUGUUUUUACAAACUUACAUUUGUGGAUGUAUUAUAUAUAUUGUGUUUUAAACAUUUGUUUUACUGUUUUUUAUGUUCUUUUUUAACAUCCCCAA